UUUAAAAUCGAUAACCUGUCAAAUUUGUUCAAAAUGUAUAACCUCAACAAGUAAAACUUAAAACUUUGUUUUAUCAACAAUUCUGUAAUAAAUAAAUAAUGGACAGGCAAGCGGAACUGGAAAGAAAGUACAACAUUAUCACGCUAGAAUAUGCAAAAGUAAGGUCGCAGGCUACUGUACUAAAGAAAGCCGUCAUAGACGAGCAAGCGAAAAGCGUGGAACUAAAAGAGUUAAUUAAGGAUUUAGAACAGAAGAUUCGUAAGCAUGACCAAGAAAUGGACAGUCUCACAUUUCGUAACGAACAGCUUACCAAACGAAUCUCCGUUUUACAGCAGGAUUUACAGUUGAACCAUCACAAUAAAAAAUCGGCAAAUAAGUCUUCGCAAUCAUUCGAUUUUGGGGUUCUCGAUGAGGAGUUGCAUAAAAAGAUUUUGGAAAACGCGGAAUUAGUAAGCUCGAUGGUCGAUAAGGACUUGGAAAUAUCGAACUAUAGAGAAAAGAUCGAAAUGUUGGAGUUGAAAAUAUGCGAUUUACAAAAGGAGAUUUGCUUUAAUGAGGAGAAGCACAAGGAAAAUUUGGAAAAUUUUAAAAAGAAAUUUACUAAUGAUGUAAAACCGCCUGUUGAAGAAAACAGUGUUGCAGACAAAGUAGACGUAUGUAACAUGUGGCAGCAAGAGGCAGAGCGAUGGCGUAGUGAAUGUGAAAUGUUGCGUGCGAAACCAGAAUCGAACGAAAGGCUUAGUGAAUACUACGAGUCUCAAAUUAGUGAACUCUUAGAGGCAAAGCAGGCGGCGCAAUCAGAAACGAGUAGUUUAUGGGCAGAAAACGCCGCCUUGUGUGCGAGACUUGAACAUUUAACAUUAGAAAAAGAUCGAUUAGAAAGUUCAAUAUUACAAAGUAUAGAGGAACUCCACGUAACGAGUGAUAAUUAUAAAAGUCAAUUAGACGCGAUGACGGAGCAUUUAGCGUCUCAAAAUGAAAAAAUCGCCAGGCAAUGUGAUGAAAUUCAAGUUUUAAAGCAUAAGUUAAGCACAAAAAAAUAAACAUUAUUUUAUUCUCCACAUACCAAUAUAAUUUUAUAUUAUCUAUGGAAAUAUUUCUAGUUAUUUUACAAAUAAAAUACCUUUACUUCAA